GCCACCUAGAGGCGCCUCGCCGCAGUGUAUAUAUUGCGAGUCCGCGGCCCCGGAGCUCUCAGUCGCUCGGAACUGCUCAGCCCUAAGGCGGGGAGCGCACGAGCCAGAGCCCGCCGGGAGCUUUGUGGUCCGACUCCCUGCGCAGGCGCCCCGACCGCGGCCCCGGCACCAUGGAUCUGCAUGUCUUCGACUACGCGGAACCGGGGAACUUCUCCGACAUCAGCUGGCCCUGCAACAGCAGCGACUGCAUCGUGGUCGACACGGUGACGUGCCCCGGCCUGGCCCACAAGAGCGUCCUGCUCUACACGCUGUCCUUCAUCUACAUCUUCAUCUUCGUCAUCGGCAUGAUCGCCAACUCCGUGGUGGUCUGGGUGAACAUCCAGGCCAAGACCACCGGCUAUGACACGCACUGCUACAUCCUGAACCUGGCCAUCGCCGACCUGUGGGUGGUGGUCACCAUCCCGGUGUGGGUGGUCAGCCUGGUGCAGCACAACCAGUGGCCCAUGGGCGAGCUCACGUGCAAGGUCACCCACCUCAUCUUCUCCAUCAACCUCUUCGGCAGCAUCUUCUUCCUCACGUGCAUGAGCGUGGACCGCUACCUGUCCAUUGCCUACUUCACCAACACCUCGAGCCACAGGAAGAAGACGGUCCGCCGCGUCGUCUGCGUCCUGGUGUGGCUGCUGGCCUUCUGCGUGUCCCUGCCCGACACCUACUACCUGAAGACCGUCACAACCGCGCCCAACAACGAGACCUACUGCCGGUCCUUCUACCCCGAGCACAGCGCCAAGGAGUGGCUGGUCGGCAUGGAGCUGGUGUCCGUGGUCCUGGGCUUCAUCAUCCCGUUCUGUGUCAUCGCCGUCUUCUACUUCCUGCUGGCCCGUGCCCUCGCGGCGUCCGGCGACCCGGAGAAGCACAGCAGCCGGAAGAUCAUCUUCUCCUACGUGGUGGUCUUCCUGGUGUGCUGGCUGCCCUACCACGUGGCCGUGCUGCUGGACGUGGUCUCCGUCCUGCACUACAUCCCCUUCACCUGCCAGCUAGAGGGCUUCCUCUUCACCGCCCUGCACGUCACGCAGUGCCUGUCCCUGGUGCACUGCUGCGUCAACCCCGUGCUCUACAGCUUCAUCAACCGCAACUACCGGUACGAGCUCAUGAAGGCCUUCAUCUUCAAGUACUCGGCCAAGACGGGCCUCACCAAGCUCAUCGACGCCUCCCGGGUGUCGGAGGCCGAGUACUCCGCGCUGGAGCAGGGCGCCAAGUGAGGCCGGGUCCGGGGGCGCGCGUGCUUGCUUUCGGCCGGGCUCCCGGCCCCCUCGUGCCCGGGAGCGAAGCGAAGGGCUUCGGGGCUGGAGACCCAAGCGGCAUGAAGGUGGACGGUGUCUCGCUGCGCUUCCUCCAUCUGUCUUUGAGGCCAGCCCGGCUGUCGCGCGGCCGUGACACCGACGGGGCUCGCCUGCACCUCUGUACUAUAGCGCUCUCUGUGUCUUCCUGAACGUUUUCUACCGCGAUUUGUAUUUAAAUGCUCAGACUUUAUUUUCUCACUUUCGGCGUUACAAAUGUAUUCGACAGUUUAAAUCUAUUUUACCUGUUGUACGGAAACGCUAAUGCUGACGUGUACUCCGUGUGGUAGUGUGAAGGCGAGGUGGCCGUCGGGGUGGGCGGAGGGCGAUGGGGACCGUUGGCUGCUGGGGGAUGAUGGGCACCCAUAAACGUGUAGACACGCCCCGGCCUCGGCGGACACGUCCCGUGCACGGCACUGCUGCGUGUCUGCCUCGCCCUGGCCCGUGGCCCAUUUCCCAGGGCGACGGUGUCUGCGGGCGCAGCGAGGGGACGGACACGCAAGACCACGCCUGGCCCGGGCUGCGGCGCCGUGCCUCGGUCACAUGCCGUCACGGGUCCGAGAGUUCUCUCCGUCUGUAAGUUAUUUUUUUAAAAAUAAAGGUUGUUUUUGUU